GCUCCACUCUUCUGUCCACGUGAGGACAAACAUCAGCAGCAUGUCUCCACCUGGAGGGAAAAUAAACAGACCCAAAACGGAGCUGGGUAAGAAGCUUUACAAGCGGCGGCGAGUUUUGGGCAGAGAGAAGAGGAAGAAAAAUCAGAGAGUUGGAGCCGUGGUGGAUCAGGGUCUCAUCACCGUCCAUCACCUGAAGAAGAGAAAGUCGAGCCCGCGGGCGAACAUCACUCUGUCUGGAAAGAAGAAACGAAAGCUGCUCAAACAGCUGCAGCACAUGCAGCAGGAGAAGGCCGGUAUGGAAGUCGAAGCAGCAGCACCUAAAAAACAGGCCUCGUCAGCUGCUCCGACCAAGAAGAAGAACAAGAGAGCAGCCGCAGCUGAAGAUGACGUAGAGAUGGCCGACGCUGAGUGAAGACGGCAGAUUCGUCUGUUGUUUCUCAGAGACGUUUCACAGCGUCGCGUCUUUUAUCUGAGCGGACAUCUUUGAGCUGAACUCUGAAGUACGAUCGAGUGGUUUCUGUGAGCGAACGUGGAGUUUAUCUCACGGUUCAGAGGGACGUUAAUGUCAGACAGGAAGUCUGUUUUUAUUCAAAAGAAGCUGGAACGAUGCAAAGCUUCAGAGAUGCAGGGGGAUGAAAAACAUCGGGAUGAUAAACGUGCGCAAGUUUAGCCAAAAUAAUAAAAAUGAGUCAAAAUGAUCAGCCAGAAUGUCAAAAUUUUGAUAAAAAAAUUAUUUGAUUUACUAAAUCAAAGUCAUGAGACAGUAAAUCAGAUUUAAGUCAAAUUUUAAUCAGAAAUUGACUAAAUCAGGUUCUAAUUUUGACUUACAAAGACAGAUUUUUACUUACUGCCUCGUAAUUUUGAUUUAAACAUUAAAUUGUGGAUAAGUUAAAACAUAUCCUUUUUAAGUCUAAAUUAUGAGAUACUAUGUGAAGAUUUUCGAUAAAUAAUAACUCAUAAUUUUGACAUAAACAGAUUUUCACUUAACUAUCUCACAAUUUUGAUAAAUUAAAUAAGUUUGACUUUUAUCAAAAUUGUGACAUAAUCGUGAUAAUUGGGGCUUAGACUUAUGUUCAGACUCUUAGUUUUUAGUUUUAUCAUUCCUAAGAAGUAUUUUUUUCUUUCUCAUUUUUGAAAUGGUUUCUCGAGUAUCACAACGUCAGAAUGGUAUUUUAUGUGAUAGUUGUCACGAUAUUGUGUUUUCAAAGAUAUCAUUUAUGUUAUGGGCCCUUCAAAGUUAAAUAACUAUAAAAAAUCAAUUAAAAAAAUAAAAAUACUAAUUUGGAACUCA